GCCUUGGUGAUAACGGAUAACGGCUAACAUUCUGCAUCCCUGCGCUGGGGACUUCGGUCCUUGAUUUGCAUCCUGGUCUUUGACCUUUAUGGUGACACUCAAGAUUUGCAAAUUUGUAGAGGGUCUGGAAUACUGAGAGUCUGGAAGUCACCUCCUGUUUUAGAGGGCAUGUACUAAUCCCUUCCACAAACCGUGCAAGCGCGCAAUCAACUAAAGAACUCCUGCCCCUCCCCCAACUUAUUCCAGCGUCGUGCAUCUGCCCUCCCCGCUCUCCCGAAGCUAUUCGGGCAGUGUCCGAAGUACAUCGGAGGGGGCUAGAAUACGGCGUCCGCCUCUUCACCCCCAAUAUCGCCCGGCCUGACGCACGCGUGCUGACUGGGGAGGGGAGAGGGGAAAGCUGCUUCCGCACACCGCUCGAGGUCCGGGCACCGGGGAGGAGAUGCCCGGCCAGGGUCCGGUGUCCGACUGGACAGAAUGCAGCUCUUCCGCAGAGCCUCCCGCAGUGGCCGGGACCGAGGGUGGCGGCGGCGGAUCAGCUGGACAUUCUUAUUAUCAGAAUUCCAAAGGUAUUGACAGAAUCAAAGAUGGACACAAAGUGAACACACACAUAGCCAAGCUGCAAGAGUUGUGGAAAACUCCUCAAAUUCAAGCAAUACACAUCCCUAAAUCAAUGACAGAUGCGUCCUUUCUAAAGCAUCCAGACCUCACCACAGGCCAGAAGCGUUAUCUGUGUAGCAUUGCUAAGAUCUAUAACGCCAACUAUCUGCGGACGUUAAUGAAGAGGCAGUACAUGCACGUGAUCCAGCACAGCUCACAAAAGCCAGGUAUCCUCACUCAUCACAGGAGCCGCCUCGGUUCUCGUUACUCACAGAAGCAGCAUUACCCCUGCACCACAUGGCGACACCAACUGGAGAGAGUGGACUCAGGGCCCCUUGACAUGGCUGCUGCACCCGCACCGGAAAUGAUCCUACAGCAUUCCCUUUGGCGACCAGUGAGAAACAAAGAAGGUUUAAAAACUGGAUAUGCAUCUAAAACAAGAUGUAAGUCACUGAAGAUUUUUAGAAAACCAGGCAGACUGUUCAUGCAAUCAGUUUCUACAAAUGAUUCUGAAUCAUACAUGAAUGAAGAAAAAAAGGAAGAAGAUUUACUAAAUAAAUGUAUGCAAUCGAUGUCAAUUGAAGAACAAGGAGAACACCUGAUGUGAACUUGACAGUCUUGUGAAUUGAUGAGGUGCCAAGGUGGCGGGGGGAGGGUUGUGAAUUGUGUCCUCUUUCUACAUUUAGGAUAGUAUUGUUACUCACCGUGAAGUCAUUAAGUAAUUUUAGUUUGUUCAGAAAUGUUUACAACAGUGUAAUUAACUGGUUGAUGUAGUUCCAUGUACUAAUGAUAUUUGUGUAACAAAAGUUAUGUGUAAUAUAUGCUUGUAUUUCUAGCUAGAUACAAUUAAAAAUUUUCUUGUCACUUAAAA